AUGGAUGUGAGAAGCUCUGAGCAAAUAAAGGAGGAGAUGAGAGAUCAAAAAAUCGAAGAGAAUACUAUAAAUAACAAUGUAGCAAAUAGCCAAGAACCUGGUAAGAAGAGAUUCGAAAUAAAGAAAUGGAAUGCAGUCGCACUUUGGUCAUGGGAUAUUGUAGUAGAUAACUGUGCUAUUUGCAGGAAUCACAUUAUGGACUUGUGUAUUGAAUGCCAAGCUAAUACAGGAUCUGCUCAAAAAAGCGAAGAAUGCACAGUAACUUGGGGACAAUGCAAUCACGCAUUUCACCUGCACUGUAUUUCUAGAUGGUUAAAAACAAGAAAUGUGUGCCCUUUAGACAAUACAGAAUGGGUUUUUCAAAAACAAGGAAGGUAA